AGCCGAAUUCAUAUACGCCAAACUCGGUCGCUGUCCCAUCAUAACCGUUCAUCUUUUCGGACAGCCAGCGCCACACAUCCAUCCUCCACAGACAAUAUGUUCAUCACAACGAUAUUCUUCCUUCUGGCUGCCGCCUUCACCCAGUCUGCGGUCAUCCCAGCGCCUUUGGUGGCCCCGUACGCAACCAGCUACUCAGCGCACAGCAUCAACCACGCCUACGCUGUACCAGCUGUCGCGUCCGCUGUCCCUGCCGUCCCUGCCGUGGCAGCACCUCUCACCGCCGCCCCCGCCCCCGUGGUGCCCGCCUACCGCCCUUACGCCUACAACCCUUAUGCGCCUGCAUAUGCUGCCCCUUACACUUACCCUUACUUGCUGUAGAACCUCCAUACCUUGUGCAGCAAUCUUCUUAUGAUGGCUCAGAGAACCAGACGUUUACCCAACAUUGAAGAUCUAAAUUGAAUACAUCUUUAUGCUAAAAGGAACUAUGUGCAUAGGGUUUAUUGCAACAUAGUUCCUUUUAGCAUAAU